GGCAGGAAGUGGUUCCGCCGUCGUUGUGAGACCUUUCAUCACUUGUCUCGUCAUUAGUCAAAUUUUAAGCGAGUUUAGAGCGUAUUUGAACAAGAUCGUGAGGGAUGGGCGACAUCCGUCAGUCCCUGCUGCCUCGGGACGUUCUGAGUGCAGCCAAGGAGCUGCUUUACCACCUCGACAUUUACAUCUGCAACCUGGUGCAGUCCGGGAGGCAGCCUCCGCAGGUCGACUCCAAAACCCUGGAGCUGGUGGAGGAGUUCAUUUUGCAUGCACCCAAGGACAGAAACACCCCGACCAGAAGGAUGAGUGCUCUGCAGGAGCUGCAGCUGCUGGAGAUCAUGUGCAGCUGUUUUCAGGAGCAGAGCCGUGACACUGUCCGCCAGCUUAUGUUUUCGGCGCUCUUCAAUCUCCAAGGAAACCAGGCAGACGAAAGUCGCAUGGCACUGCUGAGCAAGCUGGUCUCAAUGGCGAUCGCCGUGGGCCGAGUCCCGAUCUUAGAAUGUGCUGCUACCUGGCUACAGAGAACCCAUAGAGUGUACUGCGUCCGCCUGGCGCAGGUGCUGGUGGACGAUUACUGCAGCAUGGUGCCAGGCUCAGUACCCACUCUGCAGAACAUCCACAGCGCCAGCCCUCGCUUCUGCUGCCAGUUCAUCACUGCCGUCACCACCCUGUAUGAUCUCACCUCAGAGGAGCUCAGCCCUCCGCUAGAACUCCUCCAGAUGAUCGUGUCGUGGAUCCAAGAUGACCCUCGUCUCGUCUUAAUCACGUUCCUGAACACGCCCCUGUCCGGGAACCAGCCAAUCAGCUCGCUGGACGUCACUCCGCUGGGGGGGUUGAUGCGCUGGUGCAUCAAGGCGCCGCUGGCGUACAGGAGUGACAAGAAGCAGGCGCUGAGCAGUGGAGGCUGUGAGAGUGAGCAGGAAGUAGGGCCCCUCUUCUCUGCCCUCCAUCUGAGUGUCCUGCAGGUACUCAUGCUUUUGCCCACCAUACUGAACGAGAAGGGGCUGUACGGCCGCCUGGCCCUGCUUCAGAUGGAGGCCCUGGCAGCACUCGUAUCCGACCUCUCCCGACUCCUGGACCAGGCCGACAAACACACGCACCUGUCCUCUGCAGACGUGCACACGCUGUCCCAGCUGGCCCUGGACCGGCUGGCGCAGGCCCUGCAGGUGUCCAUGGCCAGCGGAGCCCUGCUGUGCUCCAGAGAGGACCUGAGAGCCAUCUGCUCCCGUCUUCCCCACAACAAUCUGCUCCAGCUGGUGUUAUCCGGUCCGGUGAUGUACUACAACAACAUCCACACCCCGCCGCUGGCCUUCAGCCCCCACGCCGCACACUCACCCAUAACCUCCCACCCCACACACCCCACACACCCCACACACCCCACACACCCCACACACCCGAUGACCCCGACACACCCCACACUGCCCACGCACCCGGCACACACCCCACAUGCACCUCUGGCCACUCACCCCUCUGCCCACCCUCAGUACCCCGCUCAGCCCUUCAUGACCGGGAUGCCCUUCCCCUACCGGCCCAGCCACUGAGGAACCGUCUGCUGGGGGAUAAGAGAGAGUGUGUGUGUGUGCGUGUCUGUGUGUGUGUGUGUGCGUGUGCGUGUGUGAUUUAAUAAGUAUUAUAAUGUUGUUAGCAUAUUUGCUUCUGAGAAAACCUGUGAGGCUAACACGUUUGUCCAAUAAAUAUUUUUCUACUUCCCCCUUGGUGCUGUUCUCCAUGUCGACCACUUGAGGUCACUG